GUUCACAUUAACCUGACAUUUCCAGUAGUGUUGGAGUCUGUGCUCGGUCCGGGUGUGUACGGUCUAGAUAUGGCAGUUCAGUUUUACAUCCUACAGGUAUCGUCGCUACUGCAGGAGGGACGGUGAAGGAAGGUGUUCUGGGACAGUAACGCGCCUAUAACUGUGUCUACGGCUCUUGCUGGGAGCGCAGUGAGCUGGCCGGUGCAGGCCCUCCCCCAGGAUGCCGGGGUUCCUUACGCCCGAGUCCUCCACAUCCCCGGCCCGCCCGCGCCCGCAGCGCCAUGCAGUGGCCGCCCACCCCGCUCUGUAGACAUACGCCCCCGCCCGCACCGCCGGCGCGCGGCGUCGGCUAGGCCAGGCUGCCUCCCCUAGAACACUGAGUGAGUGUUGUGAGUGACCAGAGUGACACAGUGACGAGAGUGACGGAGCGGUGCGGCCAGGGCGUGAGGGCCGCUGGGCGUAAUGACGGGCACCAGGCGGGGGGAGACACCACCCGUAACCUAAACGACAUGCAUGGUGGGCAGCCUGACACUCCCUACGGAGGAACACUACAACUGGAGCAGCUGGAGCGACUCAUCAACAGCCUGGAGGCACGCAGGGCGGCCAGCUGUGACCUGAGUGAUGGCUCGCCCACGCCCGCGUCCCCCCGCGCCCUCACGCCUAACUCUGUCCCCACCCGCAAUUCCAACUUCUGGCGAGAAGUCUCUCCCCAGCUCUCCUACAUAGACGGCGGGAGCUCGGGUGGCGCCUCCUACGGGCGGAGCGUGUCGUGGAACCUGGCGGAGUUGUCCUCGGCCGACCCUGUGCCUCGCUCUCCGUAUCCCGACCACCGCUCCUCGGCAGACUCCCUCAAGCCUCCCCGCUCGCAGGACCCCACACCCCCCCUACCCGCCCUCAACCCCAUCACCAAGUUUGCCUCAGACACACUGUGCUCUCCCUCCCACCCCACCGUCGCCCACUCCGUCGUGCAGGUGGAGAAGGGUGACAUAAAGACCAAGAUCCAAAAGCGGCUCAGUUUCGGGGACACGCUCGACUUGCACACCAACAUCUACACGCCGGCUGAGGAAUGUCCGGGGGGCAUGGCGGCCAGCCUGGAGGCGGCGGGGGGCACAGCCAAUGGGUCGAGUACCUCCCUGGAGCGACGGUGGACGGAGGAGGACCUGGGAGGGGGACCACCGCUAGUGAGACGCAAGUCGCUGGACACUCAGAGUCAGUACUCAUACUACAUGGACAAAGACCUGAGGUACUACUUCCAGCACCCUUGGCUCCGCCUCAUCAUCGCCUACCUCGUCAUCUUCUGUAACUUCCUUCUCUUCGCCGAGGACCCCGUCUCCCACUCCCAUGCUGAAUCGAACAUCCCGAUCGUCGGCAACGUCUUCAGCUUCGUCUCCACUAAAUACCCGGACGAGUGGUUUUGGCGCAUGGUAAAGGUGGUGAUGUGGCUGAUAGCGAUCUUGUGCGGGAUGUGUGGGAAGGUCCUCAUCCACGGCCUCAUCUUCAAGCGGAUGUUGCGUCUCAAGAUGUUUAGAGAUGAACAGGGAUCUUGGAUGACGAUGGCGCUGACGGUAGUGUCGUUGUACAUGUUCUCCUACGUGUACAACCUCAUUCUGCUGAUUGGACACUCUGAGGCGUGCAGCAUGAUGAAAGCAGCGGCCACCUGUACAUGGCUGGGUGACCUGGUGACUGCCCUGAUAGUGACGGACAUGAUGCUCCAGGAUAACCUCUACCCCCACUGGGCCAAGGGCUUCCGUCGCCUCUACAGGAUCUCAAAUAUCCCCAGGAUCCUUAUCUUCUGGUGUGGCUCUAUCGUCGUGGCUGUCAUCGUUAUCUUUCUCAUCGUCUCGGAUUAUAUCUCGUGGGAUCAACUCAAUAAAGGCUUCGUUGAGACUACAGAGCUCUCCCGGGCGUUUCUGGCAUCCUUCAUCCUGGUUAUGGACUUACUGAUAGUGAUGCAGGAUUGGGACUUCCCUCACUUCACCUCCACCAUCGACGUGAACCUACCUGGCUUCUCCACCCACAUCCUGCAGUGGAAGUACGCCCAGACCUCCGUCACCGGGAAGUGGUUCAACUACGGCAUCAUCUUCCUCGUCAUGAUCCUCGACCUCAACAUGUGGAAGAACCAGAUUUUUUAUAGUCCUGCCCCCUACGGUCAGUACAUAGAUCCCAACAGCAGGAAUGUGUACUCCGUGGAAGAUCCGAUUUUCGUAAACGAGAAUAACGAGACGGAGUGGUCGUGGGAAGCCCGAUCUCGUAUGGACAAUGAAACAGGAAGGCCUUAUAGAGAACAGGAUAUGUUCAUGUACUCACGCUACAUGGGGUACAGUCUGUGGGUCAAGUGUACAGCAUUCAUCCCUAACAUCCUUGGCUUCGUCAUGCUCUUCACGCUCGUCUCCCUCUACGGACGCUUCCCGCCUACCCAGGACGGAACAUAUGGGGGGAGACUGAAGAAAAUGCGUCGAUCGUCAUGGCGGCGCGAAAGGUGGUCAGCCUCUGAACACUAUUACCGCGACUUGUCCACCGGGAGUCAAUGUAAUGAUAAACGUACCCUUCGUAUCAAGAGGGCGCUGAAGAUAGCCAAAACCACCAACUUAUAACCCCGGCCGUCUGGGUGUCUGUCUCGUUCUCUUCAUUAAUUUACUCGACCCAUAUAUAUGUAUUCUGAUACAUCCAGGUUGUGUUUUUCUCUCUCUCUCUCUCUCUCUGUAUGUUACGACUAGAAUCAUCAGACUAUCAACUCACAGGAACACAAAAUAUAACACAACUCCUGCACCGUCUGUAGAUUUUGUGACAGGUGACUGCAAUUCGACCACAUCUGGUUUAGUAAAGACACGUACUGUAGAUUCAACAAUGUUUACACUUCCACCAACUUCUUUCACUUCCACGUAUGUAAUUCCUUCACUGAUUUUUAUUUAAUUUUUUUAUAUUUUUUUAUGUCAUUAUAUGUUUUCCUCUAUUAUCAUAUUUCUUAACAUUUAUUUAUUUUUUGUUUAUCAUAUCUCUGUUUCAUUAUUUUUUAUUUGUAUUUCUUUACAUUUCAUUAUAUUUUCCUCUUAUCUCUCAACAUUUCAUUAUAUUUUCCUCAUUUCUAAACAUAUAAUUAUAUUUUCCUCUCAUUUCUAAACAUUUCAUUAUAUUUUCUCACUUUUCUCACAUUUCAUUAUAUUUUCCUCUCAUUUCCAAACAUUUCAUUAUAUUUUCCCACUUUUCUCACAUUUCUCACUGUCUUCCGUUUUCAAGAGACGAGACACCACAUCGCCGUAGUUUGGGACAAGGCGAAGCGCUGCAAAUUGUGUUUAUAAAACAAAAGUAUAUAUAUACAUAUAUUUUCUUUAUACUUUUCAUGUGAUACACAAAAUAUAAUAUGUUGUCGAGGAGGUACAGUAGUAGUGAGGAUAAAACAAUGAUAAUAGUGCUGGUGGAAAUGCACGAUUUAUAUGUGAAGGACGGUUGGUGUGUGUGUGUGUGUGUGUGUGUGUCGCCACGAAGGAAAACAACUUUUUUUAGGUAUUUUUAUGACAUAAGACUUCCUGUUUUUUUAUGAAAGAAAAUGUAGUACUGUAGUAUUUUUUUAGGUGUUACUAAAAAAAAUCUCUCUUACUUAUUUAAGAAGGUAUGUUAAUAGUGACUUAAACAUAUUUUUUCGGUAUUUCGUGUUUUUGUAAUGUAGUGUGGAAGCCGUUGCUGCUCCCUUCAACAUAAUACUAUAUACAAGUUUGUGUAAAAAAAUACCAUAUAUAUAUAUAUAUAUA